AUGGAUGACUUAUUCGAUGUCUUCGAAGACAAGCCAGGAGCUUACGUCUCAGACGACGAGGCCGCAAAGCCUCGACCAAAGAAAGACAAAAGCAAAAAGCGGCAAGCAAAUGGAGAUGUGAAGGCCAAGCAACAAGACUCACAACCCAAGGACGACGAAGUGUUGCCAGAUGCCCCAGCCGCUACCACAACGACGAAUGGCGUAUAUCAUUUAGGCGAAGAGAAUGGUCAGCCUGAAGCGAAGCGUCAACGCCUUCAAGAUGUGCCAGCCGCAGUCGUCGCUGAUUCCUUCGAAACGGAGCAAGAACGUGAGGUAGCUGCCUCGGCUGGUCUGCAGUCCACCCAAGAUACAGGUGCCGUUGUACUCUCACAUCAGGUCCGCCAUCAAGUUGCACUUCCACCAAAUUAUCCGUACGUUCCUAUUUCGCAACAUGUACCUCCCGAGGAACCUGCUAGGACUUGGCCGUUCACCCUCGAUCCUUUCCAGCAGACCGCUGUCCACUCAAUUCAGAGAGAAGAAAGCGUCUUGGUUUCGGCUCAUACAAGUGCCGGAAAGACGGUUGUGGCAGAAUAUGCUAUCGCGCAAAGCUUGAAGAAGAACCAAAGAGUUAUAUACACUAGUCCUAUCAAGGCUUUGAGUAAUCAGAAGUACAGAGAGUUCGCGGCAGAGUUCGGUGACGUUGGAUUGAUGACUGGUGAUGUUACAAUCAAUCCGACAGCAACUUGUCUCGUCAUGACUACGGAGAUUUUGAGAUCCAUGCUUUACCGUGGUUCUGAAAUCAUGCGAGAAGUGGGAUGGGUCGUUUUUGACGAAAUUCACUACAUGCGUGAUGCGACUCGCGGUGUCGUUUGGGAGGAGACUAUUAUUCUACUUCCCGACAAGGUUCGAUACGUGUUCUUGUCCGCAACAAUUCCCAACGCCAUGCAGUUCGCAGAAUGGAUUGUCUACCUCCAUAAACAACCAUGCCACGUCGUUUACACCGAUUUCCGACCCACACCAUUGCAACAUUACUUCUUCCCAGCUGGGGCAGACGGAAUCCACUUGGUGGUCGACGAGAAGGGUGUUUUCCGGGAAGACAACUUCCAGAAAGCAAUGAGCUCUAUUGCUGAGAAUAAAGGUGAUGAUCCGGCAAAUGCUCUCGCGAAUCGCAAGGGUAAAGGAAAAGACAAGAAGUUCAACAAGGGCGGCAAGAAAGAUCAGUCCGAUAUCUUCAAGAUCGUCAAAAUGAUCAUGCUCAGAAGCUACAACCCUGUGAUUGUGUUCAGCUUCAGCAAGCGUGAAUGUGAAGCCAAUGCUUUAGCGAUGAGUAAAUUGGCCUUUAACGACGACUCCGAGAAAGAAAUGGUUUCGAAAGUUUUCAAUAGCGCCAUUGAGAUGCUCUCUGAAGAGGACCGCAAGCUUAAACAGAUUCAGAACCUUCUACCAUUGUUGCGACGUGGAAUCGGUAUCCAUCACGGAGGUCUACUUCCCAUUCUGAAAGAGACUAUCGAAAUCUUGUUCCAAGAAGGUCUUCUUAAGGUGCUCUUCGCAACAGAGACGUUCUCUAUUGGGCUAAACAUGCCUGCCAAAACAGUUGUCUUCACAAGUGUACGGAAGUUCGACGGUAUUGAUACCCGCUGGGUUACACCAUCCGAAUUCAUUCAAAUGUCUGGACGAGCUGGUCGAAGAGGUCUGGAUGAACGUGGUAUUGUGAUCAUGAUGGUUGGUGAGGAAAUGGAGCCCGCCGUUGCCAAGGAAAUUGUGCGUGGUGAACAGGACCGACUCAACUCUGCUUUCCAUUUGGGCUAUAACAUGAUUCUGAACCUGAUGAGAGUCGAGGGUAUUUCCCCCGAUUAUAUGCUCGAAAAGUGCUUCUACCAAUUCCAGAAUACUGCUAGCGUCGCAGGUCUAGAGAAAGAACUUGCGGAGCUUGAGACCAAGCGAGUCAACAUGAACAUUCCAGACGAGGCGACAAUCCAGGAUUAUUAUGAACUACGAAAGCAGCUCUCAAAGUAUACUGAUGACAUGCAAGAAGUCAUCAGCCACCCCGAUUACUGCUUGCCUUUCUUACAACCGGGACGUCUCGUGCAUAUCAAACAUCAAGGCAAUGACUUCGGCUGGGGUGCAGUUGUCAAUUACAAACAGCGGAGAUCAAAGGAUCCCAAGGAAAUCCUCAGCGCUCAAGAGUCCUACAUUGUAGAUGUAUUAUUGGAGGUUGCCGAAGGCUCUGCAACGGGUACCCGCACUCACACCGGUCUACCUCCUGGCGUCCGGCCACCCAAAGAGGGCGAAAAGAGCCAUAUGCAGGUAGUGCCCGUGCUUUUGCGCUGCCUACAAUCUAUAUCUCACGUCCGUAUCUUCCUUCCCAAGGAGGUGCAAACGGUGGAUUCGCGGGCUAGCGUCAAGCGUUCUCUUGAAGAAAUAAAAAAACGAUUCCCGGAUGGGUUGGCUCUUCUAGAUCCGAUUGAGAACAUGAACAUCAAGGACAUUUCCUUUAAGAAACUCAUGAGAAAAGUCGAAGUGCUUGAAUCACGGCUUCUGGCCAAUCCUCUGCAUAAUUCGCCCCGGUUACCAGAGUUGUACGAUCAAUACUCGGAGAAAGUCGAAUUGGGCGUUCAAAUCAAGGCAAUCAAGAAGAAGAUCUCCGACGCCAUGUCGAUCAUACAGCUAGACGAAUUAAAAUGCCGGAAACGUGUCCUUCGGCGACUCGAUUUCAUCAACAAAGAAGAGGUCGUCCAACUCAAAGCUCGAGUAGCAUGUGAGAUCAGCACCGGUGACGAACUGAUGCUGAGUGAGCUGCUGUUUAACAGUUUUUUCAACACUCUUACACCUGAACAAUGCGCUGCUGUCUUGAGCUGCUUUGUCUUUGAGGAAAAGGCCAAGGAUACGCCUGAACUGACUCGGGAAGAGCUAAUCAAGCCUCUCAAAGAAAUCCAGGCUCAAGCCCGAGUCAUUGCCAAGAUCUCUAUGGAAUCAAAGCUAGCGAUUAACGAGGAAGAAUACGUACAAAGCUUCCACUGGGAACUUAUGGAUGUGAUUUACGAGUGGGCUCACGGCAUGUCAUUCGCAGGUAUCUGCCAGAUGACGGACGUCUACGAAGGUAGUUUGAUCCGAGUUUUCCGUCGGCUGGAGGAACUGCUACGACAGAUGGGAGAGGCCGCCAAGGUCAUGGGCAACGAGGAGCUUGAACAGAAGUUUGAGACAUCUCUCACCAAGGUACGCAGAGAUAUUGUUGCAGCUCAAUCUCUCUACUUGUAAUGACUGCGUAUCAUUGGGUCAUUUAUUUCUUAUUUCCCGCAUGGCAUUGGCGUUUUGGAGGGUUUCCGGCUUGGCCAUCAAAAGUUCACCAGAUUAUUCCACAAUGUAUAGAACUUCAAGUAAUGUAGGAACGAGGAAUAAAUGUGUAUAUCUAGGAAGAUACAACCUCAGGAUAACAGGAAAUAGACUGAUUCCCAGCC